UGAACGAGAAGGCAAAGAUCGGCAUCUUUGCCAAACUCGCAGUGAUGAGAAAGAACCACAAGGUCGGGCGAUUGAAGCUUUACACGUUCGUCAAUAUAUGGAAAAUCGCCAUUGCGUUUGCGCUGAUGGUCACGUUUGGUGUAGACACGCUCACUAAGCCAAAAAUCACAUGGUUGACCAGCGAGAAUAAUGCCUUUGUAACUAAACAUAUGUGGAUAUGGUGUGUGUGGCUAUUAUCGCAAAUGUAUACUACAUCACACGUCUUCUUCCCAACAAUAGAAAGGUUGGCUAAACGCAACAAAAUGUUCAUCAAACCAUUUAAUGAGAUCGUCAACAUGGAUACCGCUGCACCAUUGAAUCGCUUACCCGACAAGAAAGUAACAGAUGACCGGCGAACCCAAGAACUAGACAAGGAUCUGGGACGCUUAAACCUAACUUGCUCUGAAGUGACAAUGGAAUCGGACAUUGGCGAGAUUAAGACAUCCCCUGCCGAUCAGGCGACCGUCAAUGGCGUGACACACAUUUAUUUCUGCGCUACCAUGUGGCAUGAAACAUCAAAUGAAAUGGUUCAGCUGCUUAAGUCUAUAUUUAGAUGUGACAAAGACCAAUGCGCUCGUCGUCUAGCUAUUAAAUACCUGAAUAAAGAAGAUCCAGACUAUUACGAAUUCGACGCGCACAUAUUUUUUGACGAUGCAAUGAGGUUCGACAAAAAUCUCAACUGUUACGUGGUGAACAACUUUGUAAGGACCUUUAUCAGCGUCCUUGAUGUUGCUGCAAGGGCGGUGACAGGCGCCCCUCUUCCGAAGUAUACCUAUAAGAAGAUUCCUACUCCGUAUGGGGGUCGACUAGAGUGGGAAUUACCGGGAGAGAAUAUACUCGUUGUUCAUCUGAAAGAUAGCGCGAAAAUACGACAUCGAAAACGUUGGAGCCAGGUCAUGUAUAUGUACUACCUAUUGGGAUGGAAGCUAAUCGACCAGUCGAAAGGCACACCCAUCGAGAAGCAAGUAGCUGCUGACAACACCUACAUUCUUGCACUUGACGGUGACGUCGAUUUUCAACCAUCUGCCGUGCGCCUCCUAGUGGAUCUCAUGAAACGCGACAUAACUGUGGGUGCCACAUGUGGUCGCAUUCACCCCAUUGGCUCAGGCCCAAUGAUAUGGUAUCAGAAGUUCGAGUACGCCAUAGGCCAUUGGCUGUUGAAAGCAACCGAGCACAUGAUCGGAUGCGUGCUCUGCAGUCCAGGAUGCUUCAGUUUGUUCCGUGCCAGCGCCCUAAUGGCACCCAACGUCAUGAGGCGAUACGCCUGCAAGGCCGUGAAAGCCCGCGACUACAUUCAGUUUGAUCAAGGCGAAGACAGGUGGCUCUGCACGCUGCUACUGCAGCAGGGAUUCAGAGUGGAGUACUCAGCAGCCGCCGACGCACUUACGUAUUCACCCGAAGGUUUCUUUGAGUUCUACAACCAGCGUCGCCGAUGGACGCCCUCGACUAUGGCCAACGUUCUAGAUCUACUCGGAGAUGCAAGCAACACGGUGAAGAAGAACACGACAGUGUCGUGGCUAUACAUGGUAUACCAGGCCGUGCUGUUCGGCACCGCUAUAAUUGGACCGGGAACUGCUUUCCUAAUGAUAUCCGGUGCUCUCGACGCUGCACUACCAGGGACGGAAGACAAUCCGAACAGCAUAUAUUGGUUCGUAUUCCUAAAUUUAGUGCCUGUGAUGCUGUUCGUCAUUGUCUGCUUAGUUGCUGAGUCCAGUAUACAGCUCAAGCUUGCUGGAAUUCUUACCGGAAUCUACAGCCUAUUGAUGAUGAUAGUCGUUGUCGGUACCGUGGUGCAAAUAGCCGAACAGGGAGCCAACUCGCCCAGUGCCGUCUUCAUGUGGUUGAUGCUUGGUGUUUUCGGAGGAGCCGCCAUAUUACACCCGAAAGAAUUUUUCUGCAUAUUACAUAUAGUGAGGAUUUACUUAUCUCCAACUAGUGAACCCAUCGGACACAGAGAUAUCCUGAAACACAUCAUUGAGUUGAAGAUGGACAUACCUGUUAUAACUCCCCACAACAAUAUUGUUCAACGCGAUGACUCAUCUUACCCAUACUGGCUGGAGGAUGAACAUCUGCACAACGGAACCGUUCACUUGCUCACUGAAGAUGAGCUCGCCUUCUGGACAGACCUCAUCGAAAAAUACUUGCAUCCGUUACAAGAGGACAAGAAAUAUAAGGAACAGAUCGCAAAAGACUUGAAAGAGCUGAGAAACAACAGCGUACUGGGGCUUUUAAUACUGAAUGGUCUUUUCGUCACCAUCGUCUUCUUUCUACAAAUCAAUCCAUCAACUCACAUUCCAUGGCCAUUUAUUGAAGGCCAGUCACUCGACCCGAUCGGACUUAUGUUCAUGGCGUUCUACAUCGUACUGCUGGUACUGCAGUUCAUCGCCAUGUUGUUCCACAGAAUGGGCACCUUUAUGCACAUCUUAUCUGCCACGACGAUCAGUUGUUGUGGAAAGGCGGUACCAGAGUCGACAGGUGAUGACGACCUGUUAAAAAAUGGCGUCGGCUAUGCCAAAGAGCUCGCUAACCUGCAGGGUAUAGAUAGCGAUGACGAGAGCGAGGGAGACGGUGGUAACCUUCCGCAACCUCACGACCAACGUUUAGACCGUUACGGCGAUUCUCGCGGUACCGUAAUGGACAUGGUCAACAAGAAGUCAGUGCGUAUCAAACACCGGCGGCAGAAGACCAUCAAGUACGAGGAUGCCUUCAAGAAGAGAAUGGCACACAUUCCAGGAGCAAAUCAACCGGGAGAGGCAAGUCUGCAGCUUGGCGAAACCCGCGGUACGAUAAGGAUCACGCGAAAGCUGACCGUGUCCAGAGAUACAGCGCAGGCGCUGCGGAGACGAUUUACCGAUUAUAAGGAUAACAGGGAUGCUGAUGACAACGAAAUAUCGAGGCCACGCAGACAUCGUGGACCGGGGGAGAGACAUGCUAAACGUUACGGUCACCCCGAUUACCAACCACCCGAAGACACGAGUUUUCCAUUGUACGAUGAAACCAACGUCGAUUCAAUGUGA